CAUUUUCCUUCUCCAAAGAGGAGGUAUCGCGGGUAGCCGUAGUAAGAGAGAGAAAGAGCGGUUGAAGAGAGAGAAAGAGGAGAGAGAGAGAGAGAGAGAGAGAAUGUCGAGAAGCGUGGCAAUGGAUUUGUUGGGGGGAGCGGAGAAGCAGGAAGAGAAUGAAGAGGCGGCCGGAAUCUGUAAUGCCGGCGCCGGAAAACGGUCUGAUUCUGGCGACAGAGAGAAGGAGAUAAGGGAGGCGCUCGCUCGACUUGCCCUCUUCUUGAAGCAAAGCCAAGAUGGCGACGCUCAGGGCACCAGGUCCACAACCAUGAAUGCCAAGCCUCCUGCGCAGCUCACCAUUUUCUACAAUGGAUCUGUGAAUGUUUUCGAUGAUAUUCCACCUGAGAAGGCACAAGCUAUAAUGCUUUUUGCUGCUGCUGGUGCUGCAAGUGCCAAGACUCCGAGCAUGCUCAAGUCUGCAAAUGUGUCUUCCUCAUCACCACCUGCUCUCACAAGGACCCCUUCGUUUCAUAGCACCACCUCUGCAGCUCCUCAACCUCAAAUUGUUCCAGCCAAGCUUCAAUCUGAACUCCCCAUUGCAAGAAAGCACUCACUCCAGCGUUUCUUUGAGAAACGAAGGGACAGGUUGACUAGUAGGAGUCCGUACCCUUCGCCUUCGGCGUCGAAAGCCGGGAGUGCUGGUUCACAGGCAGAGGAGGCAAUGGAGGUAAUGGACAAUGAAAAGGAGAAGAUGAGCAAUACUCACCCUUUAUCCCCCCAUGUGGGCUGUUCCUAUGAGGCUCAACAUACCUCUCCAUCUCCAAUCCCCCCCACCAACUUUGCCUGAUGAUAUAUAAUGACCCAUCUUCCCACUAAUAUAAAGCACUCCUUCCUUUAUUAGCUUUCAUGACUUGCUGUGUUGUUAUUCUGGCUUUUUAUCUCGUGGAACUUCCUAUUAGUGAUGGAGGCCCAUGUUCACUCUACUAUACCAUUUACCAUAUACACUCAGGACCUAACUUUGGUAUAUAUACAUGUGUGUUUAUUUUUGGACUUGGGCUUAAUGAUAGUUAAGCUUUGUCUAUGAUUA